UUAUUAUCUGUUUUUAUUAUGGCCAUCUUCCAAAUAUUUUUUUAACUUGCUAUUUUGAAAAAACUUUCGAUUUAAAUAAUUGCAAAGAUACUACAAAGAGUUCCAGUGUAUCCUUCACCCAGCUUCCUCUAAUGGGAGAGUACCAAUAUUUUGAAACAUAAGUAGCAAGAGAUCCAGCUUUAGCCCUUGUUGGCUGAGGUGGGUAUUAGGAGUUUCAGCCAGUCAAAGCAAAUGAUGUUUACAUGGACAGGAGACAGAAGACAGCCAGAAGAGGGUCACAUCAAGGUAAUUCAGGUAAGAAAACCACAAGGUAGAAUUCAAGGAGACGAAGCCAAAUUUUGUUAGCAAGGGUCAAGAUCGGGGAGGAAAGGGCUCCCUGACCACCGGCACCACUGACGGUCUCCUCACACCGUUGUAUUGUCUGGUUGUUUUCUAAUUGUACCGGGCUGUUCUCUUUCCACCAGACUGUAAACAACUGGGAGCUUCAGACAGUGCUUUGAAAGACUCUCAUGUCGCCCACCCUUACACGAAAUGCACUUGAAACCACCUUAGUCUUCGGCUUCCCGUAGCGCGGGAGACAGGAGAACGGAAGGCCAGGCGACACGUCUAGUGCCACACCCAGGAACGCGCCGGCCAUUCAGGGGCCACUUCUGCCCGCCCAGACCGGAGAGACGGCUCCCUAUUGGCCAAGGGUGCAGGAGGGUCCGCCUUCCGAGGUGGCAGGGCAACCCUUCCAUCUAACCCUGGGUCGCCGCCUCCUUGAGGGGCCGCCGGGGCGAGCGCCGAGAGUGGGCUCCGCUUGCUUCUCAGCAGACGAAGAACGGAGCGGGAGGGCCCUCCUACAGCGAGGCCAGGCCCGGAGGCUGCAUUAGAAAGGUCGCGAGUCCUUUUGUCUGCUCUCUGCAGCGAAGGGGCGGGGCCGCCCCGGCUUCCGCCCCGGAAGCGGAAGUGCAGGCUCCGCAGGGUCCUAUCCAGUGUGAGCCCGACCCGUUUCCCAGCUGUUCAGUCCGCUGGUCUCAUCGCUCCCUCUCGCCUGACCGUGUCCCGCUUGCAGGGCCCGCCAUGCUGUCUCUAGACUUUUUGGACGAUGUGCGGCGGAUGAACAAGCGGCAGCUAUAUUAUCAAGUGCUAAAUUUUGGAAUGAUUGUCUCCUCAGCACUAAUGAUCUGGAAGGGGUUAAUGGUCAUAACUGGAAGUGAAAGUCCAAUUGUAGUGGUACUCAGUGGCAGCAUGGAACCUGCAUUUCAUAGAGGAGAUCUUCUCUUUCUAACAAAUCGAGUUGAAGAUCCCAUACGAGUAGGAGAAAUUGUUGUUUUUAGAAUAGAAGGAAGAGAAAUUCCUAUAGUUCACCGAGUCUUGAAGAUUCACGAAAAGCAAAAUGGACAUAUCAAGUUUUUGACCAAAGGAGAUAAUAAUGCGGUUGAUGACCGAGGCCUCUAUAAACAAGGACAACAUUGGCUAGAGAAAAAAGACGUCGUGGGGAGAGCCCGGGGAUUUUAUCAGGAGAACAGAUCAGUGGAGGACAGGAAUUAUUUGUUCCUUAUAUUGGAAUUGUGACGAUCCUCAUGAAUGACUACCCUAAAUUUAAGUAUGCAGUACUCUUUUUGCUGGGUUUAUUUGUGCUGGUCCAUCGUGAGUAAGAAGUCUCCCUUGCUGUGUUCCUGGGAAGAUGCUGUACUUUUUGUUACUGAAUGUUUGGAGUAGAUAUUGGUCUGUGAUUGGUGGAAUGGACAACACAUGUGUUGGUGCUUCUUGAUAGCACUGUUUGCGUUAGUUUAUAUUUCCACACCAGAGUAUGUGUGGGUGGGUGCAUGUGCACCACAGAGUGCACUCAAGGGGACUUUCAAUCACAGGAUUUCAUAUAUUGUCAUUGUCACACUUUCACAUUUUUGUACAUCAGUGAAUUUUUUAUAUUAAAAGGUUGAGCCAAAGCCCCCAGUGUUUGUAUUUUGAAGCCAAGCUUCACUUCUAAAGUGCCUACGAGUUUUGUAAAUGAAAAUGCAGCUCUGCACUAGUUUGAAACCGUCAUACCUCCUUAUAAUGGGAAUGGCAUAUACUGAGGUGGUCGUUAAGUCUUAACUUUUCAAAAUUUUAAAUAAAAGAUUUUGCACAUUGAA